GAAAAAAGCCCUCUUUCAAUCCUUUCUAUAGUCUCUCAAAAAGUUUCAAUUCAUUUGCUCAGCUUUUCGUAACAAAAAAUCUCAAGAACUUAUGCUCUUUCUUUUCUAGUUUUAAUACCUUUUAUUAUUUGCUCAAAAUCAAUGGAAAUGGAAUCAAAGGUUGAGGAAGGGGUUCUGCCUCUUGACUUUGUGGAAUCAGAGAAUGAGAAGAAAAUAAAGAUGAUCAAAUCAAUCAUAGGUUCCGAAAUUACAGAAAAGGCCAUUCUUGAGGCGCUUUCUCAACAAAACAAUAAUCCAGAGGCAGCCAUUAACCACUUGCUCGAUUCUUCGCCACCGUCAGCCGUUCACAAGACUGUUACUAGCACUGGGGUUAGGAUUUCUGCUACUGUAAAACAAGAAAAUGUUGAAGAAUCAGUGGGUUUUGGAACAGUUCAUGGGCUAAAAGUUAAAGAAGAACCUGAUCUGGUUAUUAAUGAAAAAGGGCUAGAAGUGGAACAGAAGAAGGUUUUUGAUGGUUAUGAAUCAAAAGGGUCUGUUGGUAAAUGUGAUUUGAGCUUUGAUGGUGAAGAAAUGGUUAAUGGACUAAAAGUUAAAGAAGAACCUGAUAUGGGUAUUGAGGAAAAAGGGCUAAAAGUAGAAGAAAAGAAGGUUCUUGAUGGUUAUGAAUCAAAAGGGUCUGUUGGUAAAUGGGAUUUGAGCUUUGAUGAAUGGUUAAAGUUGCCCGAAAACAAUCGACACAUCGAUACACAGAAGCCGAAAGACGAAGAAAAGAAACUGGAAAUCAUGAAAAUUAAAGAUGAGCAGCAAGAUGUACUUUGUGUUGAACCAUUGUCAGCAAGGCCAUUAGAAUACAAUUCACUGAAAAGUAGCAAUAUGGCUAUUAGUGCAAAACAAGAAUACAACAGACUGAAAAGCAACAAUGUGGCUAUUUCUGCAAAUAUGGAAAAAAUGGAAAUGAAGAAAAAUAUGCUUAGUACUAUUGUGAUAGAAGAUGGAGAUUUUCCUGAAGAUCCUGAUUGGUUAUUAGUUGGGAGAACUAUUGUUACUGGGCUUUCAACUACAAAAGGGAGAAAAUUGGUAAAUAAUGAAAUUGUUCAUUUUGCUUUUCCUCAACAAGGAAAUAGUAAGUGUAGUUCACAAUGGGGUGGAUCAAGAGCUGCUGUUGCUGCUGCAUCUUCCAUUGUUCGAUUCUCGACGAAAAGAUUUGGGGAGAUUGGACGCCUACCAAUGGAAUGGGCAAAAUGCCUCAUUCCACUUGUAAAUUCUUCAAAGGUAAAGGUUCAUGGCCGAUGUGUUGCUGCGCCUGUAACUCUGCAGCUAAUGCAGGAGCUUAUGUUGUAUGUAAGUUUCUACAUCCACCAGUCAGUGUUUACUAGCGGCGAUAAGUCAACUUGGAAGCUGGAUUCUCCCUCACAAAUUGAUACUACAACAUAUCCACUACUUACUUUGUUCAGGUUACUCAAAGUCAAACCAUUUCAAAAUGCUGAGUUCACUCCGGAUGAACUUUAUUCUCGUAAACGCCAGCUCAAUUUAGAUUGUGAUUCAAAUGAGGCUGCUUCAGCAUUACCAAUAGCAAAACGAAGAAACGGCUGCCAGCAGUAUUCAGAGCAAAACAAGGAUGACCAUGAUAUCUCUGAAGCAUCGUUUAACAAACUUGUUGGUUCUGUAGACAUGUAUGACUUGAAGGAAAUGGACGCUCCGGAUACACUUAUGUGCAGCCUAAGGCCUUAUCAGAAGGAGGCUCUUUACUGGAUGUCAGAAUCAGAGAAAGGAAGUGAUGUUGAGGAAACAUCUAAAACUCUUCAUCCGUGUUGGGCAGCGUAUCGGAUAUGUGAAGAGAGAAAAAUUUAUGUCAAUAUUUUCUCUGGUGAAGCAACGACAGAGUUCCCAACUGCAUCAAAGUCAGCGCGAGGAGGGAUAUUGGCAGAUGCUAUGGGGCUUGGAAAAACAGUAAUGACAAUUGCCUUAAUACUUGCAAAAAUGGGCAGGGGUGGUAGCACUGAUGAUCAGGUAUGUGUCUCUGAAGACGUAGAUGAAGAUGAACGUAUAACAAAAAGAAUCACUUAUGCUGAUACAGAAGUCUCAAGAAAGGCGAAAGGCGGCACUCUCAUUGUCUGUCCUAUGGCAUUACUUGGCCAGUGGAAGGAUGAACUUGAAGCACAUUCAAAACCUGGUAGUGUUUCAGUUUUCGUUCAUUAUGGUGGGGACAGAAGUAAUGACCCUAAAGUGAUGGCAGAACAAGAUGUAGUCCUAACAACUUAUGGUGUCUUGAGUGCAACUUACAAGGCUGAUAGGGAGAAUAGCAUAUUUCAUAAAGUUGAUUGGCACCGAGUGGUUCUAGACGAGGCACACACCAUAAAAUCUUGGAAGACUCUCGGUGCACAGGCUGCGUUUACUUUGUCAGCACAUUGUAGGUGGUGUCUUACUGGUACUCCUCUUCAGAAUAAUUUGGAGGACCUUUACAGCCUUUUAUGUUUCUUGCACGUUGAGCCAUGGUGCAACUGGGCAUGGUGGAACAAGUUAAUACAGCGACCUUAUGAAAAUGGUGAUCAAAGAGCUUUAAAAUUGAUCAAAGCCAUUUUGAGGCCACUUAUGUUGAGGAGAACAAAGGAUACCAAGGACAAAGAAGGAAGGCCGAUUCUUGUUCUCCCUCCAACUGAUAUUCAAGUCAUUCAGUGUAUACAAUCAGAAGCCGAACGUGACUUCUACGAUGCCCUCUUCAAGAGAUCUAAAGUUCAAUUCGAUCAGUUUGUGGCACAAGGAAAAGUUCUUCACAACUAUGCUAAUAUUCUCGAAUUACUACUUCGAUUGAGGCAGUGCUGCAAUCAUCCUUUCCUUGUUAUGAGUCGAAGCGAUACGCAAGAAUUUGCAGACUUAGACAAGCUAGCAAGAAGGUUCUUGGAAACAAAUCCUGAUUCUACAACACAGAAUGCACCUACACCAGCAUAUGUAGAAGAAGUUGUUGAAGGAAUUCGUAAUGGCGAAAACACGGAAUGUCCAAUAUGCCUUGAGUCAGCAGAUGAUCCUGUGUUAACACCAUGUGCUCAUAGAAUGUGCAGAGAAUGUCUACUUUCAAGCUGGAGAACACCAGCAAGUGGACUUUGUCCAAUUUGUAGACAAAUGAUAAGGAAAAAUGAGCUAUUUACGUGUCCAUCCGAAAAUCGGUUUAGGAUUGAUGUUGAGAAGAAUUGGCAAGAGUCAUCUAAGGUUUCAAAACUGUUGGACUGCUUAGAAUCUAUAAGAAAAUCAGGUUGUGGUGAAAAGAGCAUUGUGUUUAGUCAAUGGACUUCAUUUCUUGAUCUUUUGGAAAUUCCACUCAAGAAAAAGAAAAUUGGUUAUUUGAGGUUUGAUGGAAAAUUGGUGCAGAAACAAAGAGAAAGGGUGUUGAAAGAGUUCAGUGAGACUAAUGAGAAAACAAUUUUGUUAAUGUCACUAAAAGCUGGAGGCGUGGGCUUGAACUUAACAGCAGCUUCUAAUGUCUUCCUCAUGGAUCCAUGGUGGAAUCCUGCAGUAGAGGAGCAAGCAAUAAUGAGAAUUCAUCGUAUUGGUCAAAAGAAUACAGUUCGUGUUAGAAGGUUCAUUGUUAAGGACACAGUAGAAGAAAGAAUGCAACAAGUGCAAGCAAGAAAGCAAAGGAUGAUAGCUGGAGCUUUGACUGAUGAAGAAGUACGUUCAGCUAGACUUGAAGAACUCAAGAUGCUUUUUCGAUAGUUGAUUUUACCCAAUGAAAAAUCCAAAUUAUAUAUAUUUAAUUGGAUGUAAAAUUAGAGGAAAAAAAAGAAAUAUGUUCCAAGGGCGGAUUAAUUAUUUUUUGUAUAGUCCCAACUUUUCCACCUGAAUUUUGUAAAGUCUUGUAAAAGUAACAAACCAUGGGUAGUUGAUCCUCUUUUUUUAA